UCUUCUUCCUCUUUUCUACAUUGCCUUAAUUCGUUACAACCGAGUUUCAUUUUUUGUGUUUGAAGAAACUAAUCACAAGUGCGAUUAAUUUAUCAGUUCGUAUGUUUUGCUUUUGGGUUUUUACUUGUUGGGUUUGCAUGAUUACUGUCAAUGUUUGAUAUUUUGUUUCAGAAAUUUGAGAUAUCCCAUAUUAGUUUUUACUUUGAUUCUUUGUUUGCAUCGUAUUCUUUAGGUGUAAAAUUAAGUUUGCAAGUUCAAAGAAUAGGGUAUGGCAUCGACAGAGGAGACCAAGUAUCGACCAUAUUCGGUUUCGGAGUACCAUUUUGUGGAUGAAAAGGCUGAAUGUGUUUCAUUUCAUGUAUUGCCCCUUCAAUGGAGUGAUGGUGAGAGACAGGGCGGCGAGAAAGUAAAGAUAUUUCUGCAUGGAACUGCUGAUAAUGGAUUCCAGAUUAUAUGCAAGCAUGUUAUUGCUUGGAAGUUUGACAUCUCAAGUGAAGAACCUGAGAUAUUGGUUCUGUCGGAGGGAAAUAGUUGGAUUAAGCUUGGGAAGCCGAGGAAGAGCUUCGAGGACACUGUUAGGUCUAUCUUGAUAACAGUGCACUACAUUCACUAUGUGACGAGGAAUCCUGAAAAAUCCGUAGAAUCUGCGUGGAAUCACCUGUCUGAAGUUUUCAGGUUUUAUGCGGUCAAGCCUUCUCAGAGGGACCUAGUGGAUCACAUGCCUCUUAUCAGUGAUUGUGUCAACAGAUAUUGUGGCUUAGAGGAGUCCAAGUUCUUGGCCAAACUUUUAGAAGAGAAGACAAUGAAGAGGAAACUCUCUGAUGAUGAUGCAGAUGCUAGAAACAAGCUCAAACUUAUCAUUGAUGAUAAAAAAGAUGAUAAGAGUGAUGAUGCAGACGAUAAGGAUAAUGAUAACCUGUUUGGCGAAGUUUGUGCUUUAUGUGAUGACGGUGGCAAGAUCACUUGUUGUGAAGGGGGCUGCCUAAGGUCCUUUCACGCAACAGAGGAGGCGGGUGCAGGAUCUUUUUGCAAGUCUCUUGGGUUUAAGCAGAAUGACAUUGCUGGGAUGCAAAAUUUCUACUGCAAGAACUGUGAACAUAAACAGCACCAGUGCUUUAUUUGUGGGAAGCUAGGCUCCUCGGAUAAGUCCUCAGGUGCUGUUGAGGUGGUUUCCUGUGUAGCCCAAAACUGUGGUCGAUUUUACCACCCAUAUUGUGUUGCAAUAUUACUCAGCCUAGAAAAUGGAGUUCCUGCUGAAGAACUUGUGAGAAAGAUUGCUGGUGGGGAGUCUUUUACUUGUCCAAUUCAUAAGUGCUUCAUUUGUAAACAAGGAGAAAUUAAGAAGGAUAGGCAGUUACAAUUUGCUGUGUGCAUGCGUUGUCCAAAGUCAUACCACAGGAAAUGCCUACCUAGGGAGAUUGCUUUUGAAAAUCAAGGAGAAAUGCUAGAAGGGAGAUCAAUAACAAGAGCUUGGGAUGGUCUAUUACCAAACCGUAUACUCAUACAUUGCACAAAUCAUGAUAUAGAUAUUGAAAUAGGAACUGUAGGAAGGGACCACAUAAAAUUCCCUGAUGUCAAACAGAAUACGAGCACCUUCAACAAGAAGACUAUUUUGGAAGAGAAGUGGAAGCCAAUAACAGAAUUCCUUGUAGAUGGAGACAAAGUUGUGUCUAAGAGAGAUAAUUCCUUGGAAAAUUCACAUGGGGGAAAAGUUGGUUUCAUAAAAAAACCAUUUGUUAAAAACAAGAAGACCAGGGAUCUGACGUCAGACCAGAAACCUGUGUCUAAGGAGAUCAAUUCUUCUUCGGAAGAAUCAGUUGGGCAAAGAAGUGAUCCUGUACGAUCCAAACUAGUGAAGCAGAAGCUUUCUUCAGUUAAAAAGGCGAAGACUAUUUUAAAUGGGAAAACUAUCGUUGAAAAGAAAGAGGGCCCAUUGGCAUCAACGGUUUCUGUGUCGAAGAGGACAGCUACUUCCUCUGAAGGAUUAUUCAGAGCAGGGAGUGCUCCUACAGUAUCGAAGGAAAAAGAGAAUCCAUCUUUUUUUGAAGAGAAGUGCAAUAAGCCUGUAAAAAAGAAAACUAUUGUUGAAGAGAAGAGGACACUGACAUCAGAGUCCCUUGUUGAUAAAGACCCAGCUGUAUCUGGAAAGAAUAAUCCUUCCUUGAAAGAAUUGUAUAGGGAAACAAAUGCUUCUAUAACUUCCAAUAAAAAGCAGAAGCCAUCACCUAUCCAAGAGAAGAUUAGUCUUGUAGAAGAGAAGAGGAAACUGACAUUAGAGCUCACUGUAGAUGGACAUGCUCUAUCUAAGAAGGAAACUGCUUUGGAAGAAUCAUUAAGUGUGAUUGCUUCAACUUCGGCUGUGAAACUGUUCAGUAACAAAAAUAUGUCGUUGGGUAUCGAAAUUUCAAGAAUGGUGAAACAAAAUAGCUUACUGAAAAAAAAACUCCAAAUGGAGUCGGAGAAAAUCAAGACCUCACUGUGUGAUGAGCUAUUUUCUUCAAUGGAGUCAGAGCAGGUGAAGCUCGGAAACCUGGAUACACCUGAUGCUAAUACAGCUAUUAAGAUAUGUGGCAAUGAUGGAUAUCAGCAUCCUAACACCAGAAAGUCCUGUUUGCACUGUGUACCUGCUAAUGGUCAAAUCCAAUCCAACAUUCCUGAUAAUGCCGGCAGAAGGUGCACCAUGAGCAAAGAUGAGCCUUGUUCAAGAUUUACCAGCUGUGGGUCUGGCAAUGAGAAGGGGUACAAUAGAGAGAACUAUGGAAGACCAUAUUUAAUUGGGACGAAACAGAAAACAGAAUUUGACAUAGCUUGCAUUAGAGGGAAGCAGAAUCCUGUUUUUUCCAGCAACGAUCUAGCGGGUCAAAAUUCAAUAAGUAAUCAUAAUAGAACGUUGUCGUCUACAUUUUACAGCCAUAUAGGUCCUGUUGUUGUCUCGUUAGCCAAUAUUAACAGAUUGGCUAUGUCACCAGAUGCAACUAAAUUGGUUGAUCCAACAGCCCUGGGUUUCGCUCCUGGUCCUCACUUGAACUUUUCACUACAGAAUUCAGCUGGUUGGUUUGAUGAGUAGUUCCAUAGUUUAGUGGACUCUUUGGUGGAUUGUACAAGGUCUUUAAAAGGCUACAUGUAUUGGUUACUCAAAUGGCUCUUUACAUUUUCAUUCUCAUCUGCUUUCCAAAAAUUUUUUUUUUUUGGCUCCUUGCUUGCUAUAAGAUUACUAAGGUGGGUGCUAUCACUGCUAUGCCUUAGUUAGCUUCGUAAACUUGAUCAUUACUGUCGGGAGUCGGUUCAUGCAGUUGAGAGUCAGUGCUCUUGUACGUACCCAUGGCCAUGGGGCUGGAGAGCCAUUGGGAGUUUUAGCUCAAACGGUUUUUGUUUCAACUGAGCAGUGUGGUGGACAGCAGGUUCCUCAGUGAUACAGUAUCCAUUGUCCCUUGACUAAAUGCAU